UUUAUUUUUCUAUUUAUUUUGACAGGGUCCCGCUAUGCAGUCCAGACUGUGUUUCAGAAUAUUUGUUUACACUGUGUGAAGAUGUGUCGCUCUGGUUCAUUUAAUAAGGAGCUGGAUGGCCAAUAGCGAGGCAGGAGAGAAUAGUCAGGACUUUGGGGAGAGAAAGAGGAACUUGAAUCUAGGCGCACUAGAGAUGCCAGCGAGAUGCGGAGGAAGUCAGACGUACAGAGUGAAAGAGAGGUUAAAAAGCCGUGGCCAAACGUAGAUUAAUAAAAGCAGGCUAAUUUAAGUUAUAAGAGAUAGCUGGGAACAAGCCUAAGCUGAAGGCCAAGCUCUUACAAUUAAUAAUAAGUCUCCAUGUCACCAUUGAGGGGGCUGGUGGUCCCCAAAUAGUUCAACAAGAAAGCUUGCUACAAGAUUGGCUACAAAUUCCUAGUCCUGCCUCAGCUUUCCAAGUUCUAGUUACAGUCAUGUGGCACUGAAGCCCUGGUUUUUAAACACUUUUUAUUCUGGCCUCAUGGGUCUAUUGCUGUGAUACAACACCAUUACCAAAAGCAAACCGGGGGGGGGGGGGGGGGGGAGGGAAUUCCGCUUACAGUUCAUAGUUCAUCAUCCAGGAUAGUCAGGGUAGGAAUUCAAGGCAGGAACUUGGAAGCAGGAACCGAAGCAGGGGCCAUGAGAGACCGUCCGCUUACUGGCUUGCUUGUUCAGACUGCUUUCUUAGAGCACACAGGACCAGCUGUGGCCCUGCCCACAUUGGGCUGGGCCCUCCCACAUCAAUCAUCAAUCGAGAAAGUGCACCAGAGGCUAACGUAGAGACCAGUCUGUGGGGGGGGCAUUUUCUUAAUUGAGGUUCCCUCUUCCAAAAUGACUCUAGUUGGUGUCAAACGGACAUAAAACUGGCCAGCAUAAUCAUGUAUAUAUAUAUGAAAAUGUUUAAAGAAAGAUUCAAGCCAAGGGAGAGACCCCUGCCAGCCUCCCAACAUGAAUUCCACUCUGUAUCUAAUAGAGCCUUGGGAAACACACGAUGUCUGUGCCAACGGACUGGGUGCCCCGCUGCCCAUCCUGCCUCACCUGACUCAGCAGUCUGAGGGCAGAUGGAGGUGCAGCCAAUUUUGUCUAAAAGAAGGAAGUAAGAGCAAUUGGACAUGGCCUUUGCCUCAGGGCUCAGGAAGGGUGUGACUCAGAAAUUGAGCCACACCGGGCCUACGCUCUGCCACAGCGGAGGUGAGCCCCAGUCACCAUUUCUGGCUGGCUCUGGAGGACCUUCUUGGCCAGUGUAGUAGUGCCUCUAGAAAUCCUCGGACUGAAAUUGUCGGAGGAGGCAAGUGGGAACAAGACUCAAGAGGCCGGAAGCCGACAACCCCUGGAGAGCGUUACUAGGAAGGCCCAGGGCACAGCUGGGUCAUUCAACAAGUGCGGAGUCCCCUUGUGAAGGGCUCAGCACUUCUUGACCAGAUUACCCACUUUCCCAGAUGAUUCAAGGACAAGCCUCUUCCUUAGUCUUGCAUGAUUUCCCUCUGCCUGUCAGCCCCAGCUUGCCUGACUCCAUGUCCCUUGCUCCUUAUCCUCUGGCCUUGCUGUCCUCUUCCAGUUGGUCUAUCCCCAACUUCACAGCUGUGGGACCUUAGGCAGGUUUCUUAACCCCUCUGUGCCUGUCUUUUUGUUUGUUUGUUUGUUGUUGUUUUCCUCUGUAAAAUGAGAAAUAUUCCACAGUUUUUAUUUCAUAGAGGAGUCCAGCACAAAUGGGUUAAUAGGAGUCAAGUACUUAUUAACCAUGCCCAGCUCAUGUGAAAGCCUGCGUUUGCUGUGAUUUCUAUUACUUGUAUUUACUUUAACUUUUGGUUCCAUUAGUGUGUGGGGGCCCCCAUGCCGCCAUGAGUGUCUGGGGCCAGAGGACAGCUUGUAGGAGUUGGUUCUCCCCGUCUACUGGGUGGGUCUUGGUGACUGAACUCACGUUGUCAGGCUUCAAGGCUUUCUGAGCCAUCUCCCUCGUCCUUAGAUGAAGAGGCUGGCCUUGGAGUGUGGAUCCUCCUGCUUCAGUCUCCUGAGUGCUGGGAUUACAGGCCUGUGCCACCGCAGCGCCACUGAUGUUAUCAUUACCUCAUAUCAUAUCAACUCUAAGAUGUCAUCGUGUGUAAUAAAAAUGCCACUAAAGGAAAAGUUAACCAGGCCCCAGGCUCCUCAUCACUAGGCCGUUUCUAUAUUUCCCAGCAGAUCUGCUUCCUGAUUAGAGGUAGGUUCAUAUCAUAUAAAAUUUUGAUGUACUCACAAACAGCAUGACAGAAUCAAGACGAUUGGUGAGCUCAGUGGCAGAAUUCCCACAGAGAGGCGACUCCUGUGACCGCUUCUGCUGUGAGUCCUGGGGUCUGUUUCCUGGCAGCCUCCCACUCGGGGACAUCGAGAAUACUCCAUAGAGCUGCACUCCUCCAAACAGGUCUCCCCAUCUGGGGGGCUUGGGAACCAGGACUGCGUUGCUGGCGUGCUGGGAGUAGCUCAGGCCAGCCAGGUCCCUCCCGAGGGCGCUCCCGCCAUUUGCGGGGCCUCAGGGUCCUCUUCUAAGUUGCUCAUAUCUUCUCUCCAGGAAUUGCUGCUGGGGCUUUGGAAGCGUGGGCUGGUGUCUGCAAUGGCAGCUAUGACAGCUCAGGCAGGACGGAAGCUAGCUGAAGGGCAACAGUCACCUGACUUCAGAAAUGCCACUUGUGACAAACAAGACACCUCAGGAGAGACAGAACACGAGUAGUUCCUGAUCUAUGCAUCUAGCUGCCUCACAGCAUUCCGCACUGAUUCCUUGAAUACCCUGCCUUCUCCUCAGGCUGUGAGCUCAGAGACAGCACUCAUCUCCUGCCUCCUCGGGAAGGCCUUCCCUGACUGCCCUGUGAAAGCACUUUUAGUAGUAGUACAAUGUCAUAUUUUGUGUGACUAUUAACACCAUCAUUUUUUUUAUUUAUUUUUGAGACAGGGUCUCUCUAAAUAGCCCUCACUGUCCUGGAACUCACCGCGUAGACCAGGCUGGCUUUGAACUGACAGAGAUCCACCUGCUUCUGCCUCCCAAGUGCUGGGAUUAAAGGCGUGUGCCAUCAUGCCCGGCAUCAUCAUUAUUUUGGGACAUAGUUUCUGGCUAAGUUGGCUUAGCUGGUCUAGCAUUCACUAUAGGUAGUCCAGGAUGUCCUUGAACUCCCGAUUCCCCUGCCUCUGCCUCCCAAGUGCUGGGAUUACAGGCGUGCGCCACCACACCUGGUUUACAAGGUGCUAGGCAUUGAACCAGAGCCUGGUGCAUGAUAGGCAGGCUCUCCACCCACAUCCCCCGGUGCUGUGUUGCUUCCCUUUAAGGAGUUUACAGAUGGGAAACUGAGGCUGGCAACUGAGGUUUCCGGCCCAUGGCCAUUUCUCAGUGUAGUAUAGACCCAGUAUGACUGGGUCAGUGUCCACUCCCUCCUGGGGUUCAGAGGAGCUGGCUGGGACAGAUAGCAUCUGCAGCAGGCUUCAGGGUUGGAGAUGGAUUGAUUGCCAUGAAACUGAAGAGAAGAAGGAGAUAUGGCAUUCAGACUCCAUGGCAAAGCCAGAGAGCCUCUUCAGUGACCACAGAGUGCCAGGUUGAGGUCACCCUCUUGCCUAGAGAGGAAGGGACUCCCUAUCAUUGCCAUGGAGUCAGAAGCCCUGUAGGCCUCCCCUCAGCUAACUUACAGAAUUGUAUCUAGUCUUAUCUGAGACCCAGGGAGGAGUGUGUGCCCGUGUGUGUGUGUGUGCCCGUGUGUGUGUGUGUGCCCGUGUGUGUGUGUGUGUGCCCGUGUGUGUGUGUGUGUGUGUGUGUGUGUGUGUGUGUGUGUGUGUGUUCGCGUGCACUGCUGAGGCAGGACACGUAGCCCAGCAGAACCCCGGAAGAAGGAAGCUGUACAGGGUCUGUGGCUGGGCCCCUGGGAUCCCCCAGCCGGGGACUUCCUCUUCCUCUCAGAGCAGGUGUGGCUGCCACAGCGUGACAGGGACUACACCCUGACCCCCAACAUGGAGGGGGCCAAGGGGCCCAGGCUCAAAGACUUCCUGAGUGGGAGUCUGGCCACCUGGGCGCUGGGACUGGCUGGGCUGGUGGGGGAGGCAGAAGAAUCAGCGGGGACAGAGGAGGAGGAUAAGGGGCCUCUUUGUAGAGAGAAGAGAUUCCUGCAGCUGAGUGAUGGGGCCUUGCUCCUUCGGGUGCUUGGAAUCAUUGCUCCUAGUUCUCGAGGAGGAGGACUUCGGAUGAUCAGGGGUCACGAUGGUCCUGCAGCCUGUCGGAUGUGGAACCUUCAUCACCUGUGGGGGCGGCUGAGGGAUUUCUACCAGGAAGAACUGCAGCUGCUGAUCCUGCCGCCACCCCCAGACCUCCAGACACUGGGGUCUGACCCCCUUUCAGAAGAGGCAGUGGACGAGCUGGAAGGCAUCCUUCGGCUACUGUUGGGGGCCUCAGUGCAGUGUGAACAUCGGGAGCUCUUCAUCCGUCACAUCCGGGGCCUCAGUCUUGACGUCCAGAGCGAGUUGGCCACUGUAAUCCAAGAGGUGACCCAGCCUGGUGCUGGUGUGGUACUGGCUCUGGCUGGACCAGAGUCGGGAGAGCUGGAGGCUGUGGAGCUGGAGAUGCAGUUACGCAACCUGAUGGGGACGGUGUCCAGGCUGGUGCGAGAACGUGAUCUGGGGGCCCAGCGGCUGGCUGAAGCGCUCCUGGAGCGGGAACCAGCCCACGUGCGGUUGCCAGAGGUUCCUGCUAAUGCUUCUGCAGAGGGUCCCUCGCACCAUCUGGCUCUGCAGCUGACCAACGCCAAGGCCCAGUUGAGACGACUGCGGCAGGAGGUGGAGGAGAAGGCCGAGCUGCUGCUGGACUCCCAGGCCGAGGUGCAGGGCUUGGAGGCUGAAAUUCGAAGGCUCCGCCAGGAGACCCAGGCACUGUCCGGACAAGCUAAACGCGCCGAGCUCUACCGCGAGGAGGCAGAGGCACUACGCGAGCGAGCCGGCCGCCUGCCACGCCUGCAGGAGGAGCUGCGGCGCUGUCGCGAGAGGCUGCAGGCCGCUGAGGUCUUCAAGGGCCAGCUGGAGGAGGAGCGGGUGCUUUCUGGGGCCCUGGAGGCCUCGAAGGCGAUGCUGGAGGAACAGCUGGAGGUUGCCCGGGAACGCUCAGCCAGGCUGCAUGAGACCCAGCGGGAGAACCUGCUGCUGCGCACCAGGCUGGGCGAGGCCCAUGCGGAGCUGGACUCCCUGCGGCAUCAGUUGGAGCAGCUGGUGGAGGAAAAUGUGGAGCUGGAGCUGGAACUUCAGAGGAGCCUGGAGCCACCCCCAGGCUCCCCUGGGGAGGCUCCCCUACCCGGAGCAGCGCCCUCCCUGCAGGACGAGGUGAGGGAAGCGGAGGCUGGGCGGCUAAGGGCAGUGGAACGGGAGAAUCAGGAGCUUCGAGGCCUGCUGCAGAUGAUGCAGGAGCAGCUUGACAGCCAGCGCCCUCUGCUGGAGGAGCAGAGCAAGGAUGCCAUGCUGCCCGGGCCCAAUGGGGCUCCCCCAACUCCUGGGGCCCCAGAUCACAGCCUCAAAAGCUGGUCUUGCCAGAGGGGAGGUGAAGGCCCUGAAUCCUUGGACCUGGCUUCCUCAGCAUCAGACUCUGACAUCACAAGGUCAUCUGAGUGUCCCCAGGCACCUGACUCACAUCCAGAGAAGAUGGAGAGUUCUUUCAAGAUGGUUUCUCAGGAUACCCAGACCUCAGUCCUAACUCCCCAAGAAUCAGACCCUACUGUGGAAACACAUGGAUCUCUGGAGAAGUCCAACCAUAGAGUCUCUCUCCAGAGCCCCGUUGUCUGGACCCUACCACAGGGUCCGGAGAUCAGAAUUGAGGUACAGGAGUUGCUAGAAGAGACUGGAAGCAGGGAGGCUCUCCAAGGGGAAUUGGUGCCCGAGACCCAGGUCCUAAAAUGGGAGAGCCCUGAGUGCAGGCCCAGGUCUUCAGAGUUCAAACUCCAGGAGCCGCUGAAGGAUCAGGAGACUCUCGAUCAGGGCCUAGAACUGUCCAAGCAGCAGACAGAGGCAGGAGGGCAUGAACAGAGGCCUGAGGGGUUGAUCAGUAAACUGGUCCCUCAGAAACCACAGCAGACAUCAGAAGGGGCUCCUAAUGCCUGGUCCAGGGAGAAGCCAGUCGUGGGGGAGACCCUGGCCAGUGCUGUCCCUGAGGAGCAGGCCCUCAGAGAGGAGGUGGUACAGCUAAGGAGAGAGGUUGUGGGCCUUGAGGCCCAACUGCAAGCCCAGGCCCAAAGACUGGAGGCCCGAAGUGCAGAGGCUAGCUGCCUCUCUGACGAGCUGGCCCAAGCACGCAGAGCAGAGGCUGAGGCCCAUCAGGAGGCCGAGACCCAGGCCCGGGAGCAGGCCCGACUGCGUGAGGCGGUGGAAACAGCUAGCCUGGAGCUGGAGGCUGCAUCCCGAGAGCGGGAGGCGCUGGCAGAGGCGCUGGCGGCGGCAGGCCGAGAACGAAGGCAGUGGGAACGAGAGGGGCCCAGGCUGCGGGCUCAAGCCGAGGCUGCCGAGCAGCAGGUGCAGACUCUGGAGAGCCAGGUCCGUCGUCAUCUGGAGGAGGCUGAGAGGGAGCGCCUGGAGAAACAAGCCCUGAGGGAGGAGCUGGAGAAGGCUGUGGUUCGGGGCCAGGAGCUGGGGGCCCGGCUGGAGCACCUGCAGCGAGAGCUGGAACAGGCAGCCUUGGAGCGCCAGGAGUUCCUACGAGAACAGGAGAGCCAGCACCAGAGGUACCAGGGCCUGGAGCAGCGGCUGGAAGCUGAGCUGCGGGCAGCGUCAACCAGUAAGGAGGAGGCGUUGAUGGAGCUCAAGGCCCGGGCCCUGAAGCUGGAGGAGGAGCUGAUUCAGCUGCGACAGCACCCUGUGGGGCUGGCGACAGAGGUGAGGGCUGACCCUCGGACUGCGGAGACCCAGAACUGUCGGCUCAUCGAGGUGGAGCGAAAUAAUGCCACGCUGGUAGCUGAGAAGGCAGCUCUGCAGGGGCAGCUGCAGCACCUGGAGGGGCAGCUGGGGAGCCUGCAGGGCCGGGCGCAGGAGCUCCUGCUGCAGAGUCAGCGGGCGCAGGAGCACAGCAGCCGCCUGCAGGCUGAAAAGUCUAUGAUGGAGAUGCAGGGCCAGGAGCUGCACAGGAAGCUGGGGGUGCUAGAAGAGGAGGUGCGGGCAGCAAGACAGGCCCAGGAGGAGACCCGCGGGCAGCAGCAGGCUCUGCUCCGAGACCACGAGGCCCUGGCCCAGCUGCAGCGGAGGCAAGAGACAGAGCUGGAGGGACUGCUGGUGCGGCACCGAGAUCUCAAGGCCAACAUGCGCGCCCUGGAGCUGGCCCACCGUGAGCUGCAGGGCCGGCAUGAGCAGUUGCAGGCCCAGAGGGCCAGUGUGGAGGCACAAGAGGUGGCCUUACUGGCAGAGCGUGAGCGCCUGAUGCAGGAUGGGCAUCGGCAGCGGGACCUGGAGGAGGAGCUGCGGAGGCUUCAGAAUGAGCACGACAGAGCUCAGAAGCUACUGGCUGAGGUGUCUCGGGAGCGAGGGGAGCUCCAGGGUGAACGCGGGGAACUGCGGGGCCGCCUGGUGAGGCUGGAGCUGGAGCGGGCACAGCUGGAGAUGCAGAGCCAGCAGCUGCGGGAGUCCAACCAGCAGCUGGACCUGAGCGCCUGCCGGCUGACCACGCAGUGUGAGCUGCUGACCCAGCUUCGCAGCGCUCAGGAGGAGGAGAACAGGCAGCUGCUAGCAGAGGUACAGGCCCUGAGCCGGGAGAAUCGAGAGCUGCUGGAGCGGAGUCUGGAGAGUCGUGACCACCUUCACCGAGAGCAGCGAGAGUACCUGGACCAGCUUAACGCCCUACGCCGUGAGAAGCAGAAGCUGGUGGAGAAAAUCAUGGACCAGUACCGCGUGCUGGAACCUGGGCCCCUGCCCCGCACCAAGAAGGGCAGCUGGCUGGCAGACAAGGUGAAGAGGCUGAUUCGGCCCCGGCGGGAGGGGGCCCUCCAUGGGGGGCCACGCCUGGGGGCCGAUGGGGCUGGCAGCACCGAGAGCCUGGGGGGCCCCCUGGAGACGGAGCUCCCUGAGGGCAGGGAGGCAGAUGGGACAGGGUCCUCGUCACCGGCACCCAUGCGCCGUGCCCAGAGUUCGCUUUGCUUGGGAGAUGAGACCCUGGCAGGUGGGCAGCGGAGGAGACUCAGCUCCCGGUUCCCUGGGGGGCGAAGUUCUGAGUCAUUCAGUCCAGGGGACACCCCAAGGCAGCGGUUCCGUCAGCGCAGGCCAGGCCCCCUGGGGGCACCCAGUGCCCACAGCAAAGGAUCUGGUGUGGAAUGGGAUGGCUCCAUCAAGACCCUCCCGGAACAUGAAACAGACGCCAGUCGAGAGGCCCUCCAGGAGCAGAAACCGGAGAAACAUCCCCUUACCCCUUCCCUCAGCCAGUGACACUGUGGGGACAGGAGACUUAGGAGCGAAGCCUUCUCCUCAAUAUAGGGCCGGUGGGUCUCCCAGGCAACCCAAGAGCCGGGGGACCCAGGGACUCCAAGAAGAGUACUUAAAAGAGGCCUGGACUCCCAGGCCCUCCACAACCCGUACUGGGGCCCUACGAAGGAGCUGGGACAAGUUUGUCAACCGAGGAUGUGACUGGUCCCAACGGGUAGCUCCUGGCCAGGGCUCUUGCUCUGGUACACAGCCAUCAUUGAGGAGGCGAUCUCUGGGGGAUCCCCCAGUUGAAGGAGCCUGGCAAGAGUGGGUAAGAGAGUCCUCUGCCCGGUCUAGAUGGGAAGCCAAGGCCCAUUCUCUGGGGACAAGCCUGGGCUGAUAUCUAAGCCCUGUCCGGGACACGAAGGAGAGAAUAAAGCUGUAACCCCAUGAAUCUGG